GCGGUUUUCAGAGACUCAGUGACAGAGGACUGCAGGAAGCCCUACGGUAGUGAUGGAUGUCUACUUGAUGAUUCGCCGUCACAAGACAACAAUCUUCACUGAGGCCAAAGAGACAACAACUGUGUAUGAGUUGAAAAAGGUGGUGGAGGGAAUACUGAAGAGGCCACCAGAGGAGCAGCGGCUCUACAAAGAUGACCAGCUGCUGGAUGAUGACAAUAGGACUUUGCUAGACUGUGGCUUAAGCAGCCAAAGCUGUCGUCCUCAUGUUCCUGCCACAGUGGGCUUGGCUUUAUUUAGACCUGGCAAUGGCACCUUUGAACCAUUGCGUAUUGACCCCUUCUCAAGCACCCCAGAGCUACCUGAUAUUACGAAGUCACAGGAGUCUGGUAGCAGCUCUAGUGAGCAAGCCUUGCGUUAA